CUUUUGGUAGUGGAUAGUGGAUGCCUGGUUUCUACUAUCUCUUCAACUAGCCUUUUGUAUACACAUCUUCAACACGUAUCUUGCCUGUUCUAAGGAAUUUUCCAGUCGAAAAUAAUGAACGGUACCAACGGCGCUGGCCAGAAUGGGAUCCAUACUGUCAACGGAACGUCGAGGAAGGAAGCGUCUCCGUGUGCCAUAUUUGGUCACGACAUCGCUCUCCCAGCACCUACAAAGGAGACGAAUGGCUACGGUAUUGCUCCUCCAACAACUAGAGGGGGGAUAAAUGGCAACCAUGUCGCGUCCGAACCAUCCACAAAAGAGACUAAUAGCAAGGUCUUCACGCCCAUGGCUAUUUGUGGGAUGGCUUGCCGUCUUCCCGGGAAUAUCUCUUCACCCUACGAUCUGUGGAAGUUUCUUGCCGAAGGCGGUGACGCUCGCAGCGAGGUACCAUUGAACAGGUGGAAUGCCUCGGCGUACUAUUCAGCUACGAAGAAGCCUGGUUCCUCGAGAACCAAACACGGCUACUUUCUUGAUGAAAGAAUCGAUCUAGGUGCUCUAGAUACCUCGGCAUUCCCAAUGGGACGCACUGAGCUUGAACGCUUGGACCCGCAACAACGGCUAUUGCUCGAAGUCGCACACGAGUGCCUUGAAGAUUCCGGCGAAACGGGUUGGCAGGGAAGCGAUAUCGGUGUCUACGUUGGGUGUUUUGGACAAGAUUGGUACGACGUGCUCAACCGCGAGGGUCUGAAGUCCAACGCAUAUCAAAUUCUGGGCUCGCACGACUUCAUGGUCUCCGAACGCAUUUCCCACGAAUUGGACUUGCGUGGUCCUAGUUUGACGAUACGUACCGCCUGCUCUUCUUCGAUGAUUGGCCUAAAUGAAGCCUGCAUGGCCAUCGCAAAAGGCGACUGUAAAGCGGCCAUCGUCGGUGGCACCAGUCUUUUCUUAUCUCCGAGUACCGUGACGAGUCUGUCGGAUCACGGAGUCUUCAGCCCAGACGGAUCCUCCAACACAUUCUCUGCCAAGGCCAAUGGUUUCGCAAGAGGCGAAGCCAUUGUUGCCAUCUACAUCAAGAGCUUGGACGAAGCACUCCGCGAUGGCAAUUCCAUCCGAGCUGUCAUAUCAGGAAUUGCAACGAAUUUUGACGGCAAGACUGCAAACAUGUCGAUGCCAAGCGCACUAGCUCAAGAAGCAGCGAUUAGGCGAGCGUACCAGGUUGCCGGCAUUCAAGAUUCCGAAGUCUGGAAGACUGGGCUGUUCGAGUGCCAUGGUACCGGUACCGCGGCCGGCGAUCCAAUUGAGACUCGCGCCAUUGCCAAUGUCUUCGGAGCCCAUGGCCUAUAUCUCUCAUCAAUCAAGCCGAACCUAGGUCAUUCAGAAGGAGCCGCAGGCGUUAGUGCGAUCUUGAAAGCAGUUCUCGCACUAGAGCAUCGCACGAUUCCGCCAAGUAUCAAAGCGUGGCCAGUCAAUCCCAAGAUCCCUUUCGAGAGCGGCAAACUCGCGCUGGCAAAAGAAUGCAUUCCGUGGCCGGCCGGGCGUUACGAGCGCGUUAGCGUCAAUUCUUUCGGAAUCGGAGGUGCCAACGCCCACGCCAUCAUAGACUCCGCCAGCAGCUAUGGCAUUGUUCCUGUGCCGGCCCACAAUGGGGCACAUGACGUACCAUCGGACCUCCCGCACUUGUUCGUAUAUUCUGCGUACUCGAGCAAACCAUUAGAACGCAUGGCACGCAACAUCGAAAGAUAUCUCGAUGCAACCUCGGAGUCGUUUGUCGACAUUGCAUACACCCUCGCUCGUCGGAGGCAACAUUUACCACACCGGUCCUUCGUCGUUUCCGCCAAAGACAAGCCCGGCGAAGCCCCUCCGGCCCUAACUCAGGAGGUCGUCAUCGCGCAUACUGUUGUGAUGGUUUUCACAGGCCAAGGUGCUCAAUGGCCCCAGAUGGGCAGAGACCUCAUCCGCUCAAAUCGUAUCUUUGCGAAGGUUGUUGAGGACAUAGACGUCGAGCUCCAGCGUCUCGGCGCCACAUGGACGGUCUAUGAUGAGCUCCGCAAAACUUCUAGAACGACUCGGGUCAACGAGGCCGAGUUCUCACAGCCGUUGUGCACGGCAAUACAGAUAGCGCUUGUUGAAGCGCUUGCUUCUGUCGGUAUUAAGCCAGCUGCUGUCGUGGGUCACUCUAGCGGCGAGGUUGCAGCUGCCUACGCUGCUGGCGCUCUUACGUUAAGGGAAGCUAUUGCUGUUUCAUAUCACAGAGGAAUUAUUUCCAAGAAACAGACCAAAAAGGGAGCGAUGGCUGCUGUAAGCUUAAGCUGGACCGAAGCACACAAUUAUCUGCUUCCCGGGGUUGUAGUAGCAUGCGAAAACUCCCACAGCGGCGUGACUCUUUCUGGUGACGUGGAUCAGCUCGAGCUUGUUGUAUCCAACAUCAAGAAAGCACGUCCAGGGGUACCUACCACCACUUUGAAAGUGGAACGGGCAUAUCAUUCACAUCAUAUGGUGGAAGUAGGCGAACCAUAUUGCGAGGCUAUGGUCGCCUCAGGGGUUGUGGGCUCCCAGCAUUCCGUGCCUUUCUUCUCCAGUGUCACCGGACAAUGUCUGUCUAGCGACGUCAAGCAACCGCAGCUUGGGCCGCGAUAUUGGCAGAAGAACUUGGAAUCUCCUGUACGCUUUAAAUCAGCUGUUGUCGAAAUUCUGAAGGAAAGCGAUAUUUCAAAUCCUGUCUUCCUGGAAGUUGGACCGCAUGCAGCGCUCGCGGAUCCAAUCAGACAGAUCCUUGCCAAUGAGUCGCAGAAGGUGCCUCAUGUACCAACUCUCACGAGGCGAAAGGGCGGUACUGAAAGCUUUCUAACAUCUAUUGGCAAGCUUUGGACCCUGCAUGUUAAUGUUGACUUCGCAGCUCUGAUGCCGCAUGGCCUGACAUUAUCUGGCCUUCCUUGCUAUCCUUGGGACCAUCAGAAAAGCCACUGGUAUGAGCCAAGAGUUUCGCGGGAAUGGAGACUGGGUGGCCAUCCUUAUCAUGAUCUUUUGGGAAGAAAGCUCCCUGAAAGUACGGAUCUGGAGCCCCUUUGGAGAAACCUCGUCUAUCUGCAGAAUGUACCCUGGAUCUCGGACCAUCGCAUUGACAGCGACAUUGUCUUCCCGUUUGCAGCGUUUGUGGCCAUGGCUGCUGAGGCAGUCCGGCAGAUCAGCGAAUCUCAAGACACUGUCGAGAUGCGCAAUGUGACUGUCAGCAAUGCACUUCCGAUUAGUGAAGAGUUGCCAACCGAAAUCGUAACCAGUUUUCGUCGCAGCCGUCUGACAGAUUCGCUAGAUAGCGACUGGUGGGACUUCACCAUAACAUCCCACAAUGGCCAUAUCUGGACAAGACAUUGCACUGGCCAAGUGCGCAGUGGCUCCGAUACGCUGUCGAAUGAAGUUUCUUCAACUCCGGUCCCGGAUACGUUUACGCUUCCUAGGAAGGUGGAUGGCCGGAGUUGGUACGAGGCAGUCCAACGAAAGCGGCUUCGCUACGGUCCUCACUUCAUGAGUCUGGAAGACACUACCUCAUCGGCAGUAGCACCGAGCAGGGCUUCGGCUAGGUUACGCAACAAUUGGCACGGCGAUGAAGCCAACUAUCAUCUGCACCCUGUCAUCGUCGACGCGUUCUUCCAGCUCUUGAGCGUCGCAUCGCACAAUGGUCUUGUGCAUACGUAUCGUCGGCAAGUUCCAACUAGUAUCGAGCACCUCACUAUUUCGCGGUGCCAAUCGGAAGACCUCCAGGUGUACUUGGAAGGGAAUCUGGACCAUGAGGGCGGAGCUUCUGGACAAGGGCUAUGUAUAGCAGGGUCUAAAGUUGUAUCACGAUUCUCAGGGGUUCGAAUGACUCUGUUUGAAGGCGCCGAUCCAACAGCGAAGAAUGACUUCCCACUGACAGCUCGGGCUCAAUGGGUGCCACACGCCGACUUUUGGAACAUUGAAACACAGUUCAAGCCCGUGAGUGCCAAUUCCAGUGAAAUGAUGGUUCUGGAAAAUCUUGCUCGUUCGGCAAUCCUGUUUUCGCAGCAAGCGCUAUCCCUCAGUGUCAAAUCAGACUUACCUCAUCUACAAAAAUAUGGAGCCUGGCUAAGCGAACAACCUACUACCUCUCCGGAAAAUGGGAAAGAUUUGGCAAAUUCGAUCCAAUUGAUUGCUCAGGGCCUCGAAUCUACCCCGCUCUCAUAUACAGCCAAAGCGAUUGCGACCAUCUGCUCCAACAUUGACUCGAUCCUCUCCGGUGAGCGAGACAUCUAUGGCAUCCUCACCACCGACGAUGUUCUUGAAAAGCUACUCGAGUAUAUGUCGGAGUACGACCGGUCCGAGUUUUUCCACAACCUUGCGCAUUUCAAGCCUAACCUACGAAUUCUUGAGCUUGGAGCUGGCUCCGGCGCGGCAACAGCCAAGAUCCUACCGUACCUACGGCAUGAGAAGGGUCAAACCCUCUUUUCGAGGUACGUGGUCACGGAUGCCUCGAUGGGCCUUGUCAAUGCAGCGAAGGAGCGUUUCAAGAGCGUCACAAAUCUGGAAUUUGCUUGUCUCAAUAUUGAAAAAGACUUAGCGGACCAAGAUUUUGAGGACGAGGAAUUCGAUCUCAUCAUCUCAGCUAGUUUCUUGCAUACUGCAACCAACGUCGCGAAGAGCCUGUCCAACGUUCGGAAGCUCCUGAGCCCAAAAGGAAGACUGCUCAUGCAAGAGUUAGCCACAGGUCAAACUUGGGCUAAAUUCAUCCUGGGCACAUUGCCUUCCUGGUGGUCCGGCGACGGCGACGGCGGUCAAGAUGGACCAUUCAUGAGUCGGGAAAUGUGGAUCCAAAAGCUCAACUCAGUUGGAUUCACACGCGCUGAUUUUGUGGAAAAUCUUGGUCAAAGUACAGUUAUUGUUGCUCAUCCAGAGCGAGGAGAAGUCCAAUCCCGAAAGAUUACCUUGCUUUACGAACAAGAAUCCAUCGAAACCGUGAACGUUUCCCGUGAGCUUGAGGAGCGCGGAUAUGCAAUUGACCGUUGCACCAUGAGCGAUAGCCCAAUUGCGGGACAGGACAUUAUCGCGCUCAUGGAUCUCGACACGCCAUAUCUGUGGGAUCUCACUACUACAAAUCUGGAAGCCUUUCAGAACUUUGUCAAAGACCUACAGGGAUCUGGCGUUCUUUGGGUCACACGACCGUGCCAGGCAGGCGUUAAGGACCCAAGAUUUGCGCCUAUCAUCGGACUUUCUCGUACGAUGAGAUCGGAACUCGCGGCCAGCUUCGCUACGUGUGAGACAGAAGAGUUGACCUCGACAGCAAAUAUCAACGCUCUGGUCAAUGUAGUCUCGAAUUUUCGUGAUCGGAGACAUGACGGCGUGCUGGGUCCGGAAUUUGAGUAUGCGAUCUCAGACGGGACCGUUCUAGUCAACAGAUUCUUCCCAUUCGACCUCCCGGCUGAGAUUCAAGAUAUCGAGUCAACCCAGCUUCAGGAAGCAGAACUUACCACCAGCAAGGCAGGCCAACUCGGCACUUUGCAUUGGUCUGCUCGGGAGCCUGUAGCCCCACAGAAUGAUGAGGUGGAAGUCGAAGUGCACGUGACAGGACUCAACUUUAGGGAUAUCCUAGUUGCCAUGGGAAUCUUGACGCUUGCUGAGACACAUUUCGGCUACGAAGCUGCGGGCGUAGUCCGAAAACUUGGUCCGAAUGCGACCAAGUUCUCCGUGGGUGAUCGUGUUGUGCUCAUGGGGCGCAACACUUUUGCGACUACGGUCACACAGUCUGAGCUACUUUGCGAAAAGCUCCCAGACUCUGUUAGUCUCCUUGACGGCGCUGGCUCUCCUCUUUGCUUCACAACGGCAAUCUAUGGCCUUGUGGACAUGGGGCGGCUUGAAGAGGGACAAUCUGUGCUUAUUCAUAGCGCCGCUGGUGGCGUUGGUAUAGCUGCCAUUCAAGUCGCAAAGAUGCUCAAGGCGACCAUCUAUGCAACUGUGGGUAGUGUCGAGAAACGAAAAUACUUGACCAAAUUCUUCGGAAUUCCAAAGGAAAAUAUCUUCGAUUCGCGUAGCACAACCUUUGUAGCUGACCUAAUGCGGCAAACUGGCGGUAGAGGGGUUGAUGCGGCUCUCAACUCGCUUUCUGGUGAGCUGCUACACCAAACCUGGAAGUGCGUCGCCAAAUGGGGUACGAUGGUUGAGAUCGGCAAGCGAGAUCUGCUGGGAUCUGCCAAGUUGGACAUGAAACAAUUUGCGGACAGCCGUAAUUAUUGUUGCAUCGAUAUGGAUCAAAUGACGCAAGAGAGACCCAAGGUCAUUGACAGAUUGCUGCGAAGGUUAAUGGAACACUUCCGCCAGGGCACUUUGCAACCCAUUCCGCUGGCGCACGUGUCACCCGCGUCUGAGAUACCAGAGACGUUCAAACUUAUGCAGCAGAGUAAGCAUAUUGGGAAGAUGGUAGUGGAGCUACGGAACAGCCAAGGAGAGCUUCUGGUGAGUGACGUACAAGCACUACAGAAGCGGCCGGUUGCACUCGACAGUUCUGCAGCAUAUAUCCUGGUUGGAGGAUUAGGUGGCCUCGGGCAAUCAAUUUCACGCUACAUGGUUCAGCAAGGAGCCAAGAACCUCAUAUUCCUGUCCCGAAGCGCCGAUAGGAAUGAUCCGCGGUACCGAGACUUCAUCCACGAGCUUGAGGAAAUGGGAAGUACCGUCCAGUGUGUCAAGGGAAAUGCGGCGCGGCUAGCGGACGUCGAGCGGGCGAUAGAUGGGGCGCUAGCUCCCGUUAAGGGGAUCCUCAACAUGACAAUAGCGCUGGCUGACGAAGCCUUCCUGCGGAUGUCGAUUGAGGAGUGGAACACGUCAGUCGAGCCUAAGAUCAAGGGCACCUGGAACAUCCUGGAAGCCACCAAGUCACGGGGUCUUGAAAUUGACUUUCUGGUCCUCAUUAGCUCCUUAUCUGGCAUUGUUGGCCAGACAGGCCAGGCCAACUACUCUAGCGCGAAUACGUUCCUCGAUGCAUUCUCGCAGUACAGCACAAGCCAAGGGCUGCCGUGCACUGCCAUUACUUCGGGAGUCAUGGAAGGCAUUGGCGUUAUGAGUGGCAGCAUUGAUCUCCUCAAGAAGCUGCAAGGCUCAGGUUGGCGCUUAAACAAUGAAGCAGAGCUCAUUGAAAUCGUGGAUUCAGCGAUACAACUCACGGUCGCUAAGCGGACCAUCGAAAAGAAGCGGACACCCGCAACUACUUCCAUCCAAGAGGUCGACAAAACCAGGUUCAUCUUUGGGCUUUGUCCUACCGUGCCACUCAGCAGUCCUGACAGCUAUACAAACUUACGAGCUGAUGUUCGCAUGGCAGUCUAUCACAACUCCAAACGCCAGAGUGCUAAAUCGGCUGCAUCAGAGGAUGCGCUACGCACGCUGCUGACUAUAGCAAAGAAAGAUCCAUCCGUCCUGGAGUCCAGUGAGAGCGUUACAACUCUCGCCUUGGAUAUUGGGAAGAAGCUUUGCAGCUUGCUGCUACUUCCGGACGAUAACUUGAGCCCUUCGAUGAAAACGGGCGAGAUGGGACUAGAUUCCAUGGUAGCUGUGGAGAUGUGCGCUUGGUGGAAGCUCACUCUAGGCCUCGAGAUGAGUAUGUUGGAGAUGGUGAGCAUGGGUACGUUGGAGGCUUUGGGACACCGGGCGGCGGAUGACCUUAUUCGUCUCUACACUUGAUCAUCUAUGAGGGCUUCUCAAACAUACGGUUAAAAUACAAUCAAGGAUAUUAUAAGCCUAAAGUUCGAAUAUUAUCGGAGAGAAAAUUUCGAAAUUACUGUAACAAUUUGCAAUCUAGAAGGAGUAGAAAUGUAGUGAAACCUAUCUUUCGGGCCUUUG